UAAAAUUUUCUAUAAAUAGAAUUUCGAAAUCACAUUUUUAAUAAAAUCACUAGUGAGUGCACAUCGUUUGAAGAGAUUAGACGAUCCAAAUGUCCCAAGUGAAAUGGCAGGAGUGCCUAUUCACAAGUACUUCGUAGUACUUCUGCUGCUGAUCGGUCUCGCCUGCACCCACGCUGAUAACAUUGAGAAAUCCGAAAUAGACAAGGAAACGUUAACUGCACGGAGUCGGUUAUUUGACUCCAUGUUUGAAGAUGAGCUUAAUUUAACCAAAUAUGCUUUUGAAAGAGGUAAUGAAAUAUGUCACAAAUUACACGAUGAGCAGGUACACAAAAAUGAAACGAGUGAGGAAUUGGAUAAUCGUGAAAUGCUUUUGGCAGCUUGUGCUAUUUGUGUCGUGAAUCGCUUAGAUCCCAUAGCGAGUCGUCGUGGAGACCAUCCAGAUGAAAUCCCUUGGCGUAAAUAUGGAUUUGAGGAUAUACGAAAGGUUAUGGAUCAAAAGUAUGAAGAAUUCUACGUGAAAAUUGUGCGCCAAAUUGAUGAAUAUGUGAAGGGUUUAACGGCGGAGGAGCAUAGCAGAAUGACUGCAGAAAAUCUGAAAAUGUGGUCAAGUGAAAUUAAGAAUGCCUCAACUUUGGCUGCGAAAGAUAUGGCUUUUAGAAAAUAUAUGCGAUUUAAUUAUUUUGAGCGAGGUGUUUAGUGUUCGAACAGUUAGUUAGUUGAAAAUAAAGAUAUGCAAGAAUAAAAUUGAAAAUGCAAGAAUUUUUACAAUA